AUGAAUAUUGUAUUACUUCUAUUUAUUACUCUUUCUUUAUCAAAACAGUGUGGUGACUAUCAACCAGCAAUGUUUGGUUGGAAUCAAAUAGAUACAGUUGAUAGUGUAUUUGAAUGUAUUGAAUCAAUUAAAACAACAGAGAAAGAAAAUACUGAUAUUAUUAAUGAUUUAAAAUAUUAUUUAAAUGCAUAUGUAUUUAAAGACAUAUUAAAAAAUCCACCACAACCAUCAUUUUCAAAUAAUUAUUAUGAGAAAGUGGAUAUUGAUUCAGAAUUAGAUAAAAUAAAUACAAAAACAACAAGUCUGUAUGAGUUUUACUCAGAAAUAAAUAAUCUUAUUAUUUCAACAAGAGAUCCUAACUUAGCUUUUAGUAUAGAUUAUUAUCGUUAUACAUCAAAUUUAGCGUUUGAUUUUGUUUAUUUACUUCCAUUUACAAUAAAUAUAGAUAAUGAUAAGAAAAUGUAUUUAAAUCCACUAAAUGAAUUUCCUUAUUCUAUUUCGGUUGAUGUACCUAAAGAAAUUAUAAAUAAUCAGAAAGUACCAGUUAUAAUAAUAAAUGGAGAAGAUCCAUUUAAUUUUAUUCGGAAAUUUGGAAAGAAAUAUGUAGGACUAAAAUGUCCACAUGCACAAUUUACAAAAGCAAAAUCAGCAAUAACAUAUGGAUUAUUGGGUGAAAUACCAUUAACAAAAGAAUAUUUAAAUACACCAAUAACAAUUAUAUGGGAAAAUGGAGAAAGACUAACAGUUAAUUAUAAGAUAUAUGCCAUGAAGUAUAGUUGGGAGCAGACAUUCCAAGAAGCAUUUGAAAGAAGUAAAAGAAGUGGAAUAAGAAUAGAAGAAUCUGAAGAAGAAAAUGAAAGAAAAAGAAUAAAACAAGAAAAUGAUGAAUAUGAACCUAAAUGUUUUGGAUAUGAAGAAAUAUGUUGUUUAACAACAAGCAACAAAGUAAAUACAUUAAUUGUAAAAAAUUUUAAUAGCUAUAGUGAUUAUUCUUUGAAUAAAUUAACUGAAUGUCUUGAUAAGUUUGAUUCAAAUGAUUAUCCAAUUCAAUUAAUAUUCCCACAAAAUGAAGGAGAGGAAAAUGAUGGUUUCGGUGGUUACACUACGUACGAACCAGAAACAUGUGAACCAAGAAAAACCUUGAGCACUCCGGAAAAAAUUGGAUCAUGGUAUACAAAACCAAGAAUUAUUAAAUAUGGAGAUAUUGAACAUAAAGUUACACAACCAUCAGUAGAUGUGUCUUGGAGACGUUUUUUGAAUCAGCGUUUAGAUGAUUAUCCAAAAUUGAAAUUAAUAAGAUAUCCAAGAAAACCAACAGAAAUAGUAGUUUAUACAGAUUCAUUUUGUUAUUCAGCAUGUUCAUCUGUAACAAAAGGAUUAAAAGAAUGGGGAGGAGCUAUUCUUGUAGGAUUUGAUGUUUAUGAUAUUUUUGAUGUUACGUCAAGAAAUUCAAAUAAUAGUUUACAACAAAAUGGAUAUAACUUGGAAUUGACUUUUUCAGAAACAUACAGAUUUAAUUAUGAAUAUGAUGAAACAAUUCCAAGAGAAUUUUUACCAGAUAUUAUAGAUGAAAGAGUGAAUAUUUAUCAAUUCUCAAACGAUAAGAUAAAAGAAUUUGAAGAAGAAACAAAGAAAAUAGUAGAGAAAUAUAAAACGAAAUGUAAUCCAAAGAAUAAAAGAUUAGUUAAAAGAGAUGAAAAAUGUGAUGAAGAAAUUAAUAUCGAACAUGGACAUGGAGGAUAUGAAUGUGGAGAUAAUGGAGAAUGGAGUACAAAAUGUGUAUUGGCAUAUUGUGAUGAAGGAUAUAAAUUUGAUUAUAUCAACAAUAAAUGUAUUGAAGAUGUUUGUCUUUAUCCACCAAAUCCAAGCAAUGGAACAAGAGACAUGAGAAUAAAUCUAUUCAUUAUGAUAAUUGGAAUAAUGAUGAUAAUUCUCUAA